AUGGCGGGUCUGGAAGUUCACGGCUACAGUGAUGUCCGAUGGGUGCAAGGCGUCGUAAUCAACGAUCAGCAGUCUCCUGAAGUCGUGAACGAGGUUUAUGAGUUUGGCCAUUACAAUAAAGUGCCGCUGACGGUCCGACUUUCCCCAGCCGUCUUCCUCAAGUAUCGGCCGAACUCUGGCCGCCAUCGAUGCGCGACUUACUUUCCCAUUGGAACGAGACUUCUUUACCAGAGAGCUGGACGUAACAUUAUUCGUUUUGACGUAAUGGGGACAUUCAAUUUUGUAAGUAGAUUGCAUUUAUUUGCUAAAUCGUUUUACGUUUUUACAGUCUCCUUUUCAGGCAUUUUGUCGUGCAGUCCGAGGGAUUGGCGACAAUUCGAAUCACUGUUUUGUGGACCUUCUUGAGAUGAUUCUGCCUUUACGAGGGAAUGGUGGGUUUGCUCCUCCUGGGGUCAGUUUCCACCUAACAAUUGGUUACAAUCUUAUCCCCAAGGCCACAGGGCCGAGCCUGAUCGAGUUCUAUGUGGAAAGUGUCGAAAGAAUUUCAUUCGAGUCCAUCCUUUUCGAUGGAAUUGUAAGCGUUUGCCUUAAAAUUUUUAUCUAGAUUUGCAGCCUUGGCCAAUUCACGGCGUUAUCACCUACCAAACUCAGCCCGAUUACAACAGGAAGUACGAGCCCCUCAGCUUCAUUGUACGUUCAAAUAAUCUGACUUAACUCUUUAUUUUUACAGCCCAAAACUUACCUGGUUUAUCUUGGUGGGGGGUUCUUCUUCAGCCAUCGUUAUGAAGAGAUGCCUUUGGUUAAACUUGGCUUUGACGCAGUCCCAAAUUUGGAGGUGGGACAAAUAUAUAUUUCUUGUGUCAUCCAAAGUCGCCUGGACUGUAAAUGUUUCACACACCAGACGAUUAGAAAACCCCAAGUCAAAGAUCAGGAGGAAUUGCGAAUCGACUUUGACGAGCUUCAUCAGAGGGCAUGUCAAUUCAUCAAAAAAGAUCUGCCGCGUUAA